UCAAGGGGAAAUCGCCAGAUAUUGUCCGUCCUGUUGGCAUCCUGGGCAAAAUAGCUGUUGUACUUUCUAGAGGAAUCAUGAUACCAUCCGCCAAUGUUUUUAAACUUGCGUUGUUUGAUUUAAAGUGUCGCGAUUAAUUAAUUUUCCACAAAUCGCCAAAAGUCAGCCCGGAGCUAUAGUCACUGUUUUGGAAUUUGAGGAACUUUAAACAUCGUUGCUAUGGGGACUUCAUGUAACCUGGCUUUUGGUUUAACCGCUGACCAAUCUACUUUCACGAAAAAGAGAAAGAAAACUAGAUAUCCACGUGAAUAUCCGUGCAAGAAAUAAACAGUUUGGAAUGAGGCCUUUAACAGAGGAAGAAACCCAAAGUGUGUUUGAAAAGCUGGCAAAAUAUAUUGGGGAUAAUAUAAAACUUCUCAUCGACAGACCAGAUGGAAAUUAUUGUUUUAGAUUGCAUGAUGACCGAGUCUACUAUGUAAGUGAAGAAAUCAUGAGAAAAGCCACAAAUAUAGCCAGAGAAAACCUAAUAAGUAUUGGAACAUGUAUUGGGAAGUUUACAAAGACAAGAAAAUUCAGACUUCACAUUACAGCACUUGAUUUCAUGGCACCAUAUGCCAAGUAUAAAAUCUGGGUGAAGCCAGCAGGAGAGCAGUCUUUUCUCUAUGGGAAUCAUGUUUUGAAGUCUGGCCUUGGGAGGAUAACAGAAAACACACCACAGUACCAAGGAGUUAUUGUAUACUCUAUGAAUGACCUUCCACUGGGUUUUGGUGCCACGUCUCGUUCAACACAAGAUUGUCGCCGAGCAAAUCCUACAGAUAUCAUUUGUUUCCAUCAAGCUGAUGUUGGGGAAUACCUGAGAUCUGAGGACACUUUGACAUAACAAAAUACUGAGACCAAUAAAAGAAUAGUUUUCAGGCAUUUUUAUCUUUUAUUUGGAAUUGUAAUAACAAUGAACUUUAGCUAAAAAUUAAGUGAAGAAAUAGCCUAUUGCGGUCAAUGCAAUAAUCAGGACAAACGUAUGUUUCACUAUUUAUUUUGUAGGAUGCUACC